CUACCAUAAAAAUAAAGGCUGGAAUGCCUGCAGUCAAAAUAAAAGCUAAGAGAACAGAACGGUCACAUAAAGGUUGAAGGCGCUGCAAGGCAAAGUCGCUGAUUUAGUCUCCAGUUUUGAGCUUCUGAGCUUAUUCUUCGCAGUCGCAGGGAGAAGUAUGGCUGGAGGAGGAUUUGUGGUGGAUGGCCCUGCCACGGAUUACGGCGGGAGGGUAACGGCAUCCGUGAUCAUCACCUGCUUGAUGGCAGCAUCUGGCGGUCUAAUUUUCGGGUACGACAUCGGAAUUUCAGGUGGCGUGACGACGAUGGAGUCAUUCCUUAAACCGUUCUUUCCGAAGGUUUGGAGGAGGAUGGGUGAGGCGAAGCAGGACGAGUUCUGCCUCUAUGACAGCCAGGUUCUCACUGCGUUCACUUCGUCUUUGUACAUCGCGGGGCUGGUUGCGUCGCUGGUGGCCGGCCGCCUCACCAAGGCGGUGGGACGGCAGGCCGUCAUGCUGCUGGGCGGGCUCACCUUCUUCCUUGGAGCGGCCAUCAACGCGGCGGCCGUCAACAUCGCGAUGCUCAUCCUGGGCCGCAUGUUGCUCGGGUUUGGCAUCGGCUUCACCAAUCAGGCCGCUCCGGUGUACCUAGCGGAGGUGGCCCCACCAAGGUGGCGGGGGGUCUUCACCACCGGCUUCCAGUUCUUCAUCGCCAUCGGCGUGGUGGCCGCCAACUUCACCAACUACGGCACGGUCCGCAUCCCCCGCUGGGGCUGGCGCCUCUCCCUCGGCCUCGCCGCCGUCCCGGCCUCCGCCAUUUUCCUCGGCGCCCUCCUCAUUCCCGACACACCCAGCAGCCUCGUCCAGCGCGGCAAACUCGACCGCGCCCGCGCCGCGCUCCGCCGCGUCCGCGGCCCGUCGGCCGACGUCGAGGCCGAGCUCAAGGACAUCGUCCGGAACGUCGAGGACUCCAUGAAGAGCGAGGAGGGGGCCUUCCGGAGGAUCCUGAGGAGGGAGUACCGGCCGCAUCUGGUGAUGGCGGUGGCGAUACCGACGUUUCAGCAGCUGACGGGGAUCAUCGUGAUAGCCUUCUUCUCGCCCGUGCUGUUCCGGACGGUGGGGUUCGGCAGCAACGCGGCCCUCCUGGGGGCGGUCAUCCUCGGGGCGGUCAACGUGGGGUCCAUCCUGGUGUCGACGCUUGCGGUGGACCGUUUCGGACGCAAGUUCCUCUUCAUGGUUGGUGGGGUCCAGAUGAUUCUUUGUCAGGUGGCUGUGUCCUGGAUUCUUGGAGCCAAAACGGGGCAGGAAGGCAACGCCACCUUGGCCAGGGGCUACGCGUUGGCCGUGCUGGUGCUGAUGUGCGCCUUCUCGGCGGGGUUUGGGUGGUCAUGGGGGCCUCUACUCUGGAUCAUUCCGAGCGAGAUCUUUCCGGUGGAGAUCCGGUCGGCUGGGCAGAGCAUCAGCGUGGCCAUCAACCUCGGCCUUACCUUCGUCCAGACGCAGACCUUCCUCGCCAUGCUCUGCCGCUUCAAGCACGGCACCUUCGCUUACUUCGCCGCCUGGGACGCAGUCAUGACGGCAUUUAUCGCCGUGUUCCUCCCUGAGACCCGAGGGGUCCCUCUCGAAUUGAUGCGUUCGGUGUGGGAGAGCCACUGGUACUGGAGCCGGUUCCUGAAAUAUGGGGAGGACGAGAAGCAUGCAGACCAGCGUGCUUGAACUACGAUGGGGAUGUUACUAGGAGCAGCCAGAGUCGGUCAUGCUGUAUAACUCGAGUCAUCAACGGGUUUAGAUGUUCUCAGAAAAGUCCUUUUUUUUAUUUUCUCUUAAU